AUGUGUAUGUGUGCUGUGCGCGCGCCUGUGUGCCUGUCUGCCUGCUUUUCAUCCCAUCUCCCUUCACCACAACCCUCCCUGCUCGAGCUCGCCCUUGUGUCCAGCCCUGUGUUGUCACUCUCCUUGCCUGCGCCCGCCGCCGCCUUUGUUGCCCUGGAUCCUUCCUUCCCCCCCCCCGAAGCUGCUUGCGGCCCGUCACCCACGAGCUCCGACAUCACAACAAAGUCCCUCCACCCCCAUCUCUCCCGCCGCCCGUUGCGCGCCCGCCACCACACCGCCCGUCUAAGCCAUACUGCCAUGCGAACGCCGCCCAACAACACCACCACCAAGCGACCAAGGGGUCUGGGUCGCUCGCAACUUCACAAAUCCACUUCACUGCCUAUUUCACGCCAACUUUGCACCAAUCGCUUCCAAUACUACGCGCCAAUCGUUUUGCCGGCUCAUCAAUCUCCCACUCGUCCAGCGCCCUCGCCCCUUCCCGACCCUCUGCUCCCGAGUAGCGAAAAGCGAGGACGAGACACUCUUUUGACUCACCACCCCGAGGCGCAUAUACCCGAUCACACACCCAACGAGACUGUGACCAUGGUGCGGGGCACGGUCACGGACGCCGCAAUUGCGACGGCAUGCGUCGAGGAGGGCAUCGCGACCCCCACGCUCAUCUCCCCGCCAGAGUCCAAAACGCCGCCGACCGCCACCCACAAGCGCAAUCAGCAUGUUUUCGCAGCCAAAGCGCAAGACCAGAAUUCCGAUGCCGUGGACCCCACGGCCCUCUCCAAAGCGCUUGCCGACUUUGAACAUGCUGGCCGAGCUAGGGAACGAACACCCAUAGCGAGCCCAAGCCGGAAACGUGCGCGGAUACACGGCGACAGGUUCAUACCAAAUCGUGCCGGUCAAGAUCUCCAAGCAAGCUUCAAUUUACUCCAUGAGGAUGGCUCGCCCGCCACACCCUCCAAGGCCAGGCGCACCCCUCACAGCGAGUUGCACUUUCAAAAGACUGAAGAAGCGAAUAGAACCUAUUCUGCCGUUCUGCGACACGAAAUGUUCGAAGGCUCGGUACCGCAGGCCUUCCCACAAAGUCUUUCUCCCACAGACAGUGCUAACAUGCGCACGGGAGGUCGAUCACACACUCCGCCGACGAGAGCUACGACAUCAUUACCACCUUCUACUCAUACCCCCUCAACCCCUCACAAGAAUCUCUUCUCAUACGCGGGUCAGCCGACUCCCUCACGGACACCCUCAAGUCGACAUGGCGUUCUCAAUCUGAACGCACACUCUGAUCUUUACAGCCUUUCACCUAUCAAAUACAGCAGCCAGCGGAUGCUCCUUAGUCCGCAACGAGCCCCACGAGCAGUGUCCAAGGUACCAUACAAGGUGCUGGACGCGCCAGAUCUCGCCGACGAUUUCUACCUCAAUCUCGUCGAUUGGGGCAGCCAGAAUACACUCGGCGUCGGUCUCGGUUCCUGUGUUUACAUGUGGAACUCGGCAUCUGGUCGCGUGACAAAGCUCUGCGAGCUGACGGAUGAUUCGGUUACAAGUGUCAAUUGGAUACAGCGCGUAAGUAUCAUCCUACCCUCGCCAAAGUGA